AUGGCAGCAAGAGCGCCAGCUGCAAGUCUCGGAAAUGAGAUCAAAGGAGGACGAGGGAGUGGAAGCUCUAGCCGCGGUCAGGAGUCUCCGACUAUGAGUCCUCCACAUGCGACAGCCGCUACUGGAACGGGCUCCGUUGGAAGCCCAGGAAGUCCUGGCUUCAUGCAGCAAACGAUCAAUCUAAACGAAGGCGGGGAAGACGAUGGCCCAGGUACC